AUGGCUAAAAUGUUGUCUGCCUAUUUGAUCCUCAUCGCAACCGCUGUCUCUGCUGCCACUCUCGGCGCCUACAACGUCGACCCUGGCUCCGUCUCCGUCUCUGGGCUCUCCAGCGGCGGCUUCAUCUCUGCCCAGCUGGGAGUCGCAUACUCUGAUGUCUUCCCCAUGGGGUUUGGCGUGUUCGCAGGAGGACCCUACGACUGCGCCCGCAAUCAAUACUACUUGAACUGCAUGUAUAACAACCGCCCCUUCAUCUCCCUCCCAACAGCCAACAUGAAGACCUGGAGCGGCAGCAAGAUUGCCCCUCUGUCCAACCUCGCCCACCGCAGAAUCUACCUCCAGGUCGGCACGGCAGAUACCACCGUCGGCCCAAACGUCAUGACCCAGCUGCAGAGCCAGCUCGCCCAAUUCGCCAACCCCAGCAACAUCACCUUCAUCACCACCCAGGGCGCAGCACACACCUUCCCGACAGACCUCGACACCUCGGGCAACAACCCCUGCAGCAUGGCGACCUCCCCCUACAUCAGCAACUGCGGCUACGACGGCGCCGGCGGCGUGCUGAACUGGCUGUACGGAUCCCUGCGCCCCCGCACCGAGGGCACACUGUCCGGGUCGGUGGUCUCAUUCGCGCAGAGCGGCGGGUACGGGGCAGCUGGCAUGGGUGAUACAGGCUAUCUGUAUGUGCCUGCGGCGUGCCAGUCCGGCGGACGGUGCAAGCUGCAUGUUGCGAUGCAUGGGUGUCUGCAGAGCCAGGGGCUGAUCGGGGAGAAGUUCAUUGUGAACACGGGGUACACGCGGUGGGCGGAUGCGAACGACAUGCUGGUGCUGUUUCCGCAGGCGACGGUGGAUUAUUCGCUGCGUGUGAUCUGGGGGGGAACGCUGCUUUCGAACCCGAAUGGGUGCUGGGAUUGGGUGGGAUGGUAUGGCCAGGAUGCGGAUCAGAGGACUGGGGUGCAGAUGGCGGCUGUGGUUAAUCAGGUUAAACGGAUUACCAGUGGUUGGCAGGGUGGUCUUUAG